AUGGUAGUACAGAAUCUCCCUCAACACCAUCUCCCUAAUAACACUCUCCCCAACACCCUCCUCCACAUCCACAUCCACAUCCACCCGUUGUUGGGCCGGCGCAUCAUGGCCCGAUUCAUAAAGGCCCGACAAGUACGGGUGGCACAAGGCCUCCUCCACCGUUAUCCUCUUCGCCGGGUCAAAAACGAGCAUCCUCUCAAGCAAAGACUGCACAAACUUUUGGGCCCGGGCAUUGUCGAUGAACUCGAGGUCGGAUUCGGGCCGGGUUCCGAGAAUGCCGAUGAUGAGCCUGAGUUGGGUCAGGCAGUCGUUACCCGGGAAAAUGGGCUGACGGCCCAUGAUUUCGGCAAGGAUGCAGCCCGCGGACCAGACGUCGAUGGAGGUCCCGUAAUUGUCGCACGAGAGGAGAAGCUCGGGGGCGCGGUACCAGCGAGUGACCACGUACUCGGUCAUGAGGCGGCCAUUGGCGCGGCUGGUGCGGGCCAGCCCGAAGUCGCAGAUCUUGAGGUGGCAGUUGGAGUUGAUGAGGAGGUUCCCGGGCUUAAGGUCCCGGUGGAGAAUGUCCGUGUCCAUCAGCUCGUACACCAUGUACAGGUCCUUAAAGCCCCGCCAAUCGGCAGGCGCCAUCACAUCCUUGAGAACGAUCACAUUCUCGUGCUUUGCCCAACGCAACAACAUCACCUCCCUCAGAGUCCUGAGCGCGUCCACCCGAUUACCGAAUAUGUUGUUGACUUUCUUGAUGGCCACACGCUCGUUUGUCAACCGAUCGACAGACGAGCAAACCACGCCGUAUGCACCUCUGCCUAUGGGCUUUAUGGGGAUGUAUCUAGCAUCGAUUUCGAACAAGGUACGCCACAUUGUGUAGUAGUGCUUCCCUUUGGGAGUAAUUCCAUUUGGGGCCUCUACUGGGGUUGCCAUUUCACAGACGGUUUCUCCAACGUUUUACAAUUGUUGGAAAAAAAAAAGAAAAAAAAAAAAAGCAAAAAGCUUGGCAAAAUCUCACCGCAAUCUUUCGGUGAUAACAAUGAUAAUCCCAAGCUGAUCGUGAUUGAAAAUAUCAUACUAUGUUCUUUUGCCCAGAUCGACUAUAAUUCUAAUCUUGGGCGGAUAAAAUUUGGCAAGGAAUUAAAUUCUUACUUAACUCGGACAAUGGGUUGGAGAAAUAAUUAG